AUGCUUACAGCUCAGGAGCUUUCAGCAGUUCGUAAGCAAUACAUGCGACAAACAGCUGAAGUAGCAAGGCUCUCUGAGCAGUACGAUGCGGUCAGGGCUUCAUCAGAUUCAGCUACACUAGAGCUUGCAGCAGCCAAAAAACAGCUGUCGAUAGCGAAAGCAGAAGCAGGACUUGCAUCGAGUGAUCGUAUUGACCUGUUGAAGGAAAACAGUCACCUGAGGCAGGAAUACACUCAAGCAAUGGCACAUAUUGCCGCACUGCAACAAGACCUAAGUAGAUUGCAUUCAGUACAAAAGAACUUUGUAGAGGCAGCUGACUCACUAGACCGCUGCAAGCAACAGCACGCUGUUGAUCAAGAGCAGAUUCUACAACUGCAGGAAGAAGUUAAGGCGCUCUUACACAGCAGGAAGCACGCACUACUUAUUGAGCGAGAGGUUGAUACUGUAAGGAAUCAGAAUGCCAAGCUACAAAGUGAACUACAAAGUGCCAGAGAGACACUGAAGUCCUACCAAGAUAUCGCUGAUAGGAAUUGCUGGGAGAGGCACUCACAGGCGCUGCUACAGUUGAAGUCAGCAUUGUCAAAUGAGAAGACUUUGAGGCAAGAGCUAGAAAAGCAGUCUAAUGAGGUGGUUAUGCUUACCGCGGAACUUAGCUACGCAAAAGAGCGGGAUACGCAGAAAACUGAGCAACUGCACUUUGCGCUUGACAAAGCAAAACAGCUCGAAACAGAUACAGAGAGGCGAAAGGAAGAGAUUCAGCACCUUGAGGUUGAAAAUACCAAGCUAACUAAGGAGCUUGAAGAUUCUGCCAAAAAGCAUCUCGACGAAGUUGCGGAAUCAUUUGCCGAGAAACAAAAACUUAGAAUAGAGCUGGAUGCGUCGAAAGACUGCAGCAACCGGCUCGCCGCGGAACUUCAGAUCCUCAAAGAGGCUGAAUCCCACCGCAUUGAGGCACUGCGCCGCUCUCGUGAGGAGAUAAAGGCACUAUCCAGUCAAAUGCAAGAACUAAUGCGUCACGCGGAAUCGGCACACCUAGAGACAAUGUUGGGGUCUCUCAAGCAAGAACUGAAGCAAAAAGAGUCAAGUGAAAGUCAGAUGCUUGGCCGCAUCAAGCUAGAGUUACAGGAAGCGCAGCAACAGCAAGACCUUGCACUCAUCAAGAAAAAACAGUUGCGGACACAGUUGUUGGAAGCUACGAGAGCACUGCACUUGACUAGAGUCCGGAAUGAAGAGGUCAGCAACAGACCUUGCGAAAGCCAGAGCAACUACGACUGUGAGACCUGUUUGCAGAAUCAUCAUGCAAAAAUAGUAGCAGAUGGCGCUGCUAAAGAGAAGGUGUGCUCUUCUCCUACCAAUGACUGGGCCGAGAAGUAUGCUGGUCUUGAGGCGAAAUUAGAGCUGGUGCAAAAGCACCAUGAGCUUGAAGUUGGCAAGCGACAAAAACAAGGCAUCGAGAUGCACCGACAGCAGCAAGAGCUCGCCAACUGCACGCAACUGCUCCACAGAGAAUCAGUGGAGAGGGCUGAGGCUGAAGAGGCAUGGGCAAGGAGUAUUGAGGAACAAGUGCAACAGAGAGUGUCAAGCCUGGAAAAAGACUUCGCAAUGCGCUUAGCGAAGUAG